AUGCGGGAACUGGAGGAGGUGGAUUCGGCCUCUGGUGGUGGUGCUGUACAUUCUGCUGCUCCUGGUUGUCCUUCCACUCUGUAUAUGGGAACUUCAAAAAUCAGGGGUCAGAGAGUGCUUUUGCUGAGAUGUAAACUGGGAGUUCUGCAGUACACAGUUGUGAGACCUGUCACUACAGUCAUUGCUUUGAUUUGUCAGCUUUGUGGAGUCUACGAUGAAGGAAACUUUAGCUCAAAAAAUGCCUGGACGUAUCUGGUUAUCGUCAACAAUCUCUCUCAGCUUUUUGCCAUGUACUGUCUUGUGCUGUUCUACAAAGCUCUGAGAGAAGAGCUGAGUCCUAUCAAACCUGUGGGCAAAUUCCUCUGUGUCAAGCUGGUGGUUUUUGUGUCAUUCUGGCAAGCUGUGGUCAUUGCACUUUUAGUGAAGGUUGGUGUGAUCUCAGACUCGCACACUUGGGACUGGGACAGCGUGGAGGCUGUAGCCACUGGACUACAAGACUUCAUCAUCUGUGUGGAAAUGUUUUUGGCAGCCAUUGCCCAUCACUUCAGCUUCACUUACAAGCCCUACAUACAGGAAGCAGAGGAAGGUUCUUGCUUUGAUUCCUUCCUGGCCAUGUGGGAUGUCUCCGAUAUACAGGCUGACAUCUCGGAACAAGUGCGCAAUGUCGGGAGAACUGUCAUGGGUCGGCCAAGGAAAACAUAUUUUGGUGAAGAGGUUUGCCAGGACGAGAACACAGGACUGCUGUCAGCUGGUUCUCAGGAUCCAGCCGUUGAAUCGUCCUCCACCCCUCCAUCCCCUAAGGGCCGUUACCAGGGCAUGGGCCACACCGUAACCCCCCACUCCAUCUCGGCUCCUGCCAACCUUGGCUGUGUACCAUGGGAAGGAGAUGUUGAUGACAUCACGCCUAAGGUGCUAUCUGGUGAUCAUACAGACCAACAAGGCUCAGACUAUGCAGCCAUCACUUAACAUCACUGAGCUUCAGCUACCAAAUAGCUAAAGCACAUCGAUCUAAUGUGUAUUAGCUACUGUUUCGAAUAUAUGCAGCCGCCGUUAACUCUGGUAACUAUUGAUACUUGUGGUUAAUAUGUGUUCAGAGAGGCUCAGUGAAGCUUUGGUAGCAAGAGCAUAUAUGAAAGACUUGGGUAGUGUUAGUCUGGCAUUAUUUUGCUGAAAACAUGGCCAAAUUAUAAACUGACAUUAGAGCCAAGCACAUUAAUUCCCCAAUACCAGUUUUACUUUUUCACAUCAUCAGACAAUGGUUCUUUUAAGACAGCUUUAUGAAUGUUUAUUCUAAAAAAAAAAAACAAUGAAAUGAUAAUGCUACUUCAAAUUGUCAUUGACGUCCUCCUGGGUUUUAUCAAGUCAUUUUAAGAGUUUUUUGUUGUUGUUGUUUGUUUUUAUGACAUCAGUGUUACUUUCACAUUUUUAUCUGUGAAUGCAAAUGCAAUUUAAGUUUUUUUUUUUUUUUCCCCCUUCCAUGGAGCAGCACCUUGAUCAUGGACGAUAAUAUGAAAUUACCAGGAUGCCAUGGAGACUUGCAACAUUUUGUCUCAGCAGAAUAUACUGUAUGCAUGUGGUAAAGCAACUACAGUUUGAACAUUGGCUCUAAAGCACAAAAUACUGAAGCACCCAUAUCACUGAACAGCUUCAUGUAAUUGUGUCAAAACAUAAACGCAUAUGUUGGUGUUCUUUCUUUUUUCCUUCUCAAAAAGUAUUGGUUUUAAUUGGGUUUUUAUGAUUUGGUUAUUUUAAUGAUUAGACAAAGAAAAUUGGGUUUAAAACCCAAUUUAGUAAAGUAUUGAGAAUUUCGAAUACUGACUUUUAAGUUCACCUCGGGAAAUGAUGCAAUGUCUAAAUAUCAGCCAAAGUUGUCUUAUUGCUAUUAAGAUUUGUUUUUCUUCAUUUUGUUAAUUGUUUCAACAAUGUUAGAUUUAACAGCAGCUGCACAUGAAAUAUAAAUGUCAGAUAUAGUAUAACAGUAAGGGCAGAUCGUUUUAUCAUGACGGAUGUGGACCUGUGGGAAAUAUUCCCAUUUAUUUGUUUUUAUGAACCGUCGUGUGUCUCUCUGAUCCAUUCAGAGAGAUGCAUCUUUUGCAAUGGUUUGUACAGCUGUUGCAUUGCCUAAUCUAACAGUGGUUGUCACGAAUCAUUAAACUUUACAUGCAAAUGGG